AUGGCUAUGCCAAGCAAGCGCCGCAACUUCUCUGACGAAGAUGACAUAAUGCUUCUUCGUCAGGUGUCCCUAGAGAUGCCAUUUGAGGCACGGCGUGGUCUUGUCGUGGAACGUUGGAACGCCGUUGCUUCCGCCCUUCGCGAGUCCGACGAGUUCAGCCGCCUCGAGAUCGACGCAAAACGAGCUUGCAACCAAAUCAUGCUUCUACUGGAUGCGCAUCGAAAGCACGACAAGGAGUCUGCGCUUGCACCUGGCGUGGACGAGGAUGAGAACGAAAAGAUCGUGCUGCUGGACGAUUUGCUCGCUGCAUACGACGACGCCAAGAGGGCUGACUUGCGCCGUGCGGACGAGAGUCGAGAGGCCGCCAAUCACGCAGAGAUGAUGGGAAGUCUUGUACGUGCAGAAGCCAUGGAGCCACUCGACCAGCGAAAGCGCAAGAAAGAUGAUGAUGACGCAAGCUCAGGAGGUGGUAAAUUUAUGAAAAUUAUCGCGCUGAUGCAAGAACAAGUCAAGGCUGAUUUGGAUUCAAAGCGAAAAAUUAGAGAAGGUGCGUGA